UAGCUAGCCAGUUGUAGUGGAUCCUAGCCAGCGGCUGUCUCUCCCCCUCUCUGUCUCCUCCUGCUGUCUCCUCCUUCACAGUCACAGGACAACAGCCUUUCAUCCCACAGGAGCAUUUUUAGCCUCCGCCGACAGCAGCUCCGUCCGUGCUCUCUCCGGGGGGGGGGGGGGUGCUCACGGCUCGACACACCGCGGGCUCGACGUCGUUCACACACGGAGGGAGAUGCCAUCAGAGCCGCUCCGCCUGCAGAGCUCGUCGCGGUGUUUUACUGUGAUUUGUUGAAGCAUCACUGUGGUGCUCCUCUGUUCAUUGACGUUAGCCGGCUGGCUCAAGAGGUGCGAGUGUCAUGACUGGAGCUGAGACUGAGGAUGAUAUCCCGUUAGGAGAAAGGAAGACCGUCACAGAUUUCUGUUACCUUCUGGACAAAUCCAAACAACUCUUCAACGGGCUCAGAGACCUUCCUCAGUAUGGACACAAGCAGUGGCAGUCCUACUUUGGACGGACGUUCGACGUCUACACUAAGCUGUGGAAGUUUCAGCAGCAGCACAGGCAGGUUCUGGACACUCGCUACGGACUGAAGAGAUGGCAGAUUGGAGAAGUUGCAUCCAAAAUUGGACAACUUUACUACCACUACUACCUUCGUACCUCAGAAACCAGUUAUCUGAACGAGGCCUUUUCCUUCUACUCUGCCAUCCGUCAGCGCUCCUACUACUUUCAGGUCAACAAAGAGGACAGGCCAGAACUGGUAGUGAAGAAGCUUCGAUACUACGCUCGCUACAUCGUCGUCUGUUUACUGCUCAACAAGAUGGACCUCGUUAAAGUUCUGGUGAAGGAGUUAUCGGAGGAGAUUGAAGAUUACACGCAGAGAUUCAACACAGAGGACCAGCUGGAGUGGAACCUGGUUCUGCAGGAGGUGGCAGCUUUUGUGGAGGCAGACCCCGUGGUGGUUCUGAACGACAACAACUCGGUGGUCGUCACCAGUAACCGUCUGCUGGAGGGCAGCGUGCCUCCGCUGGAACAAGGCAUGGUGGUUGGGCAGCUCGUCCUUGCAGAUGCACUAAUCAUCGGCAACUGUAACAACCAGGUGAAGUUCAGCGAGUUAACCAUCGAUAUGUUCCGCAUGCUCCAAGCUCUGGAGAGAGAGCCCGUGAACCUCGCCACGCAGACCUCCAAACAAGGAACGCUGGAGCCCAUUGAGAAACCAGCCAAGAGAGAAAACCCUCACAAGUAUUUGCUCUACAAACCAACGUUCAGUCAGCUUUUUACCUUCCUCUCCGCCUCUUUUAAGGAGUUACCUGCCAACAGCGUCCUGCUCGUCUACCUGUCAGCGACCGGAGUCUUCCCUACAGGUCACACCGACUAUGAAGGGCCGUAUGAUUUCGGGGGAGUUCUGACCAACACGAACAGAGACGUGGUGAAUGGAGAGACGGUGCAGAAGAGGAAUCAGGCGCAGAAAGAAAUGCACUGCCUUCAUCCAGGAGAUUUGUUCCCUUUCACCCGGAAACCCCUUUUUGUCAUCGUGGAUUCUACAAACAGCACAGCAUUCAAGAAUUUCACUAAUCUGUUCGGUCAGCCUCUGGUCUGCCUUCUCUCACCUACCGUCUAUCCAAAGAGUGUGCAAGAUCAGUCUCAGCGGGGGAGUCUGUUCACGCUCUUCCUCUACAGCCCCCUCCUCGCCUUCUCCUCUGUGUGCGGUUUAAACAGCCUGCGGCGAGGACUGUGGGAGCAGGCGCAAGAAUUUCUAAGCAAAGUUUACCAUGACAUCGGCCAGAUGAUAACCCGAUCACGAACCAUAGAUCAAGCCUUUUUACAAUUCUUUGGUGACGAGUUCCUGCGGCUGCUUCUGAUCCGUUUUGUGUUCUGCUCAGCUGCACUCCGGCUGCACAAACUCUUCCGGGAAUCUCGGAGUUUCCCGGAGUCGUACCCCGAGCUCCCCAAACAGGACACGGUGGAGAGCAGUGUCCUGCAGAAGCACAUCCUGGAGCUGGCCGCCAUGCUGGACGUGCAGAGUCUAUUCUGGGAUGAUUCACUGGAAGCCUACUAACACGUUCCCACAGGGCCGCAUGGCAUCAGUGUACAUACAGACUCAACUGCCAGAGCCCUCACACUCUUUCUGUUUUUUACAGGUAAAGAAUUUCAGCACAUUCACAUCACGCCCUGCAUCUGUUUACUCUUGAAACAUGAAAGAUGUUCCCAUCGAUCAGCCAGAGGGUUUCAGCUCAUGUAUAAAUUCCCCAUAUCGGAGUCUCGGUGGCUUUCCUCGUUAAUUCAGCAUCGUGUCAGAAGAGAAAACAAACAAAAGAGAGGCUGCAGAAAACUUUUUCGACUCGGUUGAAGCUGCAGCCUCAGUCAUGUCACAUAAAUGUCAAGAAGUCAGAAGUCUUUUUUUUGUGUUUUUUAAAAUAAUAUUUAUCGUUGUUUAUAGAGUGAAGGUUGUGUCGACUGUUCAGACCAAAAGAAAAGUGGAUUUCUGGUGCGGCACGGUUGGACAUGAAUACACAGAAUUCAGGUCAUUUGCAUAUUUGUGCAAGUUGAAUUUUGCAGUGAAUUUUUAGUAAGAGAGUCUGAUGGUGCAUCAGGAAUGUUUCAUCCAAACUCCAUUUAAAAAAAAAAAAAAAAAAAAAA